AAUUCCCAUUGCGUCGCCAUCAGCCUGAAAACAAGCCAUGACGACGAUCGUCGAGCUCGAAAGUUGGGUGAUCUAUCAAUGCAUUGUCACCGAAUGCAGCGACUGUCUCUUCAUGAGCGAAAGUGCAUUCAGGGCUCGCGACAUCGGACUCCGCGCCCAGAAGAAGAUCUUGUCGCGGAUGGCCAACAAGAACUUCGCCAAAGCCUUCAUCGACGACAACACCUCGACGCUUCUGGAUAAUCUCUACAGAUUGGUGAAGCAAUACUCGAACAACAAGAAGGAAGCGGAGAAGCUCAUCAAGAACAUCAUCAAAGUUGUGAUCAAGAUCGCGGUGAUAGGGAAGAACGAGCAGUUCAGCAACGACGAGGUGAUGCUGGCGGAGGACUUCAAGAAGAAGUUUCACAAGGUCGGAAUGGCGAUAGUGUCGUUUUACGAAGUAGAUUACAGCUACGAUCAGAAGUUCCUCGUAUCCGUACUGAACGACUCACACACGUGCCUUAAUGCGAUCGUUUCGAAACACUUGACGGACAAAUCGAUAUCGCGCAUCGACAGUGUGUUCAACUUCUUCACGAACGAGCAGUUCCUGGACACCAUCUUCAAACCGGACUCGGAGUACCGGGACAUCCUCGGCCGUCUCGUCACCGACCUGAACAGGGCGAUGGAAAAGGGAGAUCUUUAGUGAUAGAGAAACAAAACGAGAAAUACGCUUACCAAAAAUUUUAAAGAAAUCAUUACUUUACGUUAUUACUAUUAUCUAACAAAAGAAAAGAAGGAAACCGUUUUAGAACUAUUAUUAUUAUUAUUAAGUUUGUUAUUCGUUGACUUUCGGUGUGAAUGUUGAGUGUUUAUAUUAGUUUUAUUGUUUUCGGGGGGGUCCAAAUUUCUUUAUUUGUAUCGAGGAUGUACUUAAUAAUCCAAACAUAUCUUUUAGUUACAUAUGAUGAGCAUAAAUUAAGCGAACGCCUUAUGGAAGUGAAAAUACUGAAGCAACAGUAAUAAUUUAUAUAUAUACAAUUUAUGUAUUUACAAUUGCAAAGAAAAAAAAAACAUGAUUACAAACGAACAAAUCACAAAUCAGAUCAAAUAUUCUAAAUCUAAAAUACUCGAUUAUUUAUAUGUAUUGAACGCUUCACAGGGUUUUUUAUAAAUAAAUAUAUAUAUUAUAUUAUAUAGACAACAAAAAGAGAAAGAAUAAAGACGAAUGUAAUCAGUCAAUACUCGAAGAUUUUUCUUUUAAAAUUGAUGUUAAGAAAAUGAAAAUGAGUGAAAUGAUAAAUGGAAUAAACUGUUUUAGAUAUAUUAGCGACAAUAAUGAAAAAUCUGUCCUAAAAGCAGCCGCAGCCAUGUGGAUAAUGCAAGAAAAAAAAAUGUUUUCGGUCGCGUCUGCCCUUGUUGUUUCAGUUUGUUAUACACACACACACACUCACAGACACCAGUGUUUCUUCAAAUUGUUUAAAAUAGAAAGAACACGUUUCAGAUUCCCACCGAGAAAGCGCUUUUUUUUGCAGUAGUUGCAUUUAAUAAACAUAAACUGAAGCCCCCAAAAUGUACGUGUCGUAACGGGCAGACGCGUAUGUGUAUGUGAACUAGUCAAGUGUACAAGUGUUCAUUAAACUGUAGUUACAUAAUUUAAGGAGCGAAAAAAUGAUGUUCGUUCACUUGCGAGAGUGGAAGAGAGUAAACAAUUAUUUAUUUAUACAUAUAUUAGCAAUACGAUGUACACGCAAUUUACAAAAUAAUGUAAAGAUUAUGUGAACAAACGAAAAUUUGUAUGUGGAAUUUCCGAGUGCGGGGAAAUCUUCGUGUGAAUAUAUCACUUUACGGGCACAAUUUACUGUAAAUUUCGAAAUUUUCAAAAAAAA